UGAAGACGCUCUUCCAAAACCCUCAGAAUACGUUUCUCCUUGCGAAACUCACCAACGGCAGCUCGGCAGCUCCGCCCCGCGUCCCGCCGCCAAAUCACUGUCAUUCCCUUCUCGCUGCAUCUGUUGGACGGCGCUCCCAGUUCCGUAUUUCAGAUCACUAUCCUCCCCUUUUCCCGCCGCCGCCGUUCGCAGACCCAACAGUGAUUUGCACGAGUUACCAGUUUUGAGGAAGAACUAUUCUAAGUCUUCACUAUCUCGCAGACUACCUGUUCCGUUCCUAAACACAUGGAUACUGAUGCCAUUGGAGAUCUGGUUGACAAGCUCAAGGCUAUGCAGAAUGACAAUGUAGAAGAUCAAGAUGAAUAUGAUGAUGUUGAUGACGAUGAUGAAGAAGAAGAACAUGAACCCAUCACACUUGGCUUUGUUGACAAGCCAAAGAAUAAAUGGUCUCUUCAACGUCAAUAUUUCCCAAGCAAAGCUGGAGGAGUCCCUGCUUGGCUUGACCCUUUGAAUAUACCUUCAGGGGGAUCAUUUGUGUGUGACAUUUGUGGAGAACCUUUACAAUUCUUACUUCAGGUUUAUGCACCAACUGAGCAGGAAACUGCAUUUCACCGAAUGUUGUAUGUUUUUAUGUGUCCCUCUAUGAAAUGCCUCCUCAGGGAUCAACAUGAGCAAUGGAAACACCAUCCAGAGAAGCCAUCUAGAAGUGUGAAGGUCUUCCGUUGUCAAUUACAACGUGUUAAUCCAUUUUAUUCUCAAGAAUGCCCUCAGUAUAAUGAGAGUCACAAACCUGCUGGCUGUGGAGCUGUUCUUUGUGAUUGGUGUGGCACUUGGAAGGGAGACAAGCUUUGUAGUAGCUGCAGACAGACACGGUAUUGUUCUGAGAAGCACCAGGUUAUGAGUUGGCGGGCAGGACAUAAAAUUGCUUGUCCUCAGAUACAAAUUUCUUCGUCUGUUUCUGGAUCCAACAAAAGUGGAGCCAACUUGCUAGAGUCACAUAAAGGUGGAAGCAAGAAUCUGUGGCCUGAAUUUGAGAUCACAAUUGAAGAUGAAAGUGAAUAUAAUAGAGACAUGUCUGAGGAAAAUAAGUUGUCUAAUUCCUUGAUCUCAAGGAACAGGACUGACGACACAAUGAAUUCGAUUUUUGAUAGCUUUCAGGGUGACGCUGACAAAAAGAGUUGGGCCUCUUUCCAGGAAUGCAUAGACAAGGCCCCUGAACAAGUGCUAAGGUAUUAUAGGAAUACUAAUGCUAAGCCAAUAUGGCCUCUUUCAAGUGGUCGGCCAUCAAAUGCUGAUAUCCCUAGAUGUAGUUACUGCAGCGGACCUAUGUGUUGUGAAUUUCAGAUUUUGCCACAGCUGCUUUACUACUUCGGCGUUGACAAUGAAGUAGAUUCUCUGGAUUGGGCUUCAAUUGUGGUGUACGCAUGUGAAGCCUCUUGCAAUGCAAGUUUGCCUUACAAACAUGAAUUUGCCUGGGUUCAAAUUCAUUCACCUUCCACAGGCUUAUAGGGAAAUAACAGGGAAGUGUCUUUUUUUAAUUAUUUUUUAAAAUUUUGGGUUCAGAAGUUUGAAGUAGGGCUUACCUACUUCAACCAUCGAUUUUGAGGAUUGAGUGCUGAUUUUGUAAUUUACUCACAUAGGCUUUUUGCGUCCUUGCUACUUCUCCCAAAGUUUAAUUUAGUAUUGAGGAUGUUUGGUUCAUUUCUAUUUACUUUCUGGAAAGAAUUUAAGGUGUGUUAGCUUAACUAUUGAAAACGUUUCAUGAAAGUUAAGUUUAGGAGGUCAUUCUAACUCAUGUGGAAUGAUAUAUGUACUAAAAACAUAGUUAAACUCAAUAUUUAUUAUAAAAAUUUUAUGU